UUUUCUUUUUUCUCUUUUUUUAUUCCCUUUCUAGGCACAAUCGAACAGUUAGAGAGUACCUGUGUUUUUGAUUCCGAUUUCGGUCUCAUCCUGAACUGUGCCUUCAAAAAGUCCGGCCUCUUCCGGGUGCGGAAUUUGGGCGGCGUCAAGGCCCACUUCGGGUUAGGCUUCAGCGUCGGAGAUGAGCUGGGACUGGCGGAGUCGCUCGGCAACGUCGAGGCAAACAAGCGGCGCGCCCUGAACAUCCGCACCAGCGCCAAUAACAUCGGCGUACUGCCCGCGUCCAAAAUGCCCACAUCCUAUCCGCCACUGCAGCCGCUUCAACCCUCGCAGGGCCCCGGUGCGCUGGUCCAGCCCAUCCAGCAGAGUCGUCCACAGGCGGUGACCGUGCCGAGACCGAAGGUUCCGAAUGGCCCGCCGAAGGUACCGUCGUCGGUCGCGCCGGUGUACAUGUCACCGGCGGCCGGCCUGAUGACAAAGGCCACGUCCCUGCCCCUUGGUGUACCCCCCUUCCGCCCGAUCCCUCCCAAGCCCACCGAGCCCGAACCGGUGAGAUUCGACCCGACCGUGCUGCGGCGCAACUUUGCCUUCCGAACCGCCCAAACUCCCGAUCCCUCCUUCCAGAGCCAGCUCAUGAACCAGACCUCCUCCUAUCACCGCGGUUCCAUCUCCCGCAAUUCCGCUCCCGCCGCCGCCCUGGCGGCGGCUUCCCCGAACCACCAGAUCAUCUACAAGGAGUCGCCGCACCUGCAGGUGCAGAAGGUGCCCGCCUUCCAGGCGAUGCCCGAGUCCGUGUCCCGCAUCUCGACCGGCCCGGUCGUCCAGGUCGACAACAACAACAAGCUGCAGCCGGCCGUGAUCAAGAACUCCAUCAUGAGCAUUCCGCCGCGCCGACCAGCCGGGAAACCCAGUCUGGUAUCGGGGACCGCGGCCACCGCCGCCGAUGAUGACGUCGGUGAGGUGGACCUGAUGGGCCACACGGUCGAAGAGUUGGCCGCGGCAGCCAACGUUAGCGUCGAGGUCAUCCGGGAGGCGAUCCGCGUCCGGCAGCAGGAGAUGCGCGCCCAGAAGCAGUACGAGAAGCAGCAGGCGGCCUACGCCCAGGCCCAGUUCCUGGCGGCCCAGCAGAAAACGACUACCACGACGACGACGACGACGACCCCACGUCCACGGCGCUACCCGACCAACGCGGGCCAUAAGGUCAUGAACGCACCGAAGGAGUACUACCCGGUGGGAUACGACAAGAACUUCGACGACAACUUCACCUCGAAGGUGGACCUGCCGCACACGACGUUCAACUGCGGCGAACAGAAGCACUUCCCGGGGCUGUACGGCGACGAGGACCUCGGGUGUAUGGUCUUCCACGUGUGUGCCCUAACGGACGAUGGGUUGAUCAUGAAGUCGUUCCUGUGCCCGGAGAGCACACUGUUCGACCAGACGGUGCUCAAGUGCAACUGGUGGUUCUACGUUGACUGCAAGAGCAGCAAGAACCUGUACGACUCGAACCUGCCCGUGUCGAAGAGCUACCAGCUGAUGAAGGCGCUGUCGUUCUUCUCGUCCAACUACAAGACCGGCAGCGACUCGGCAGAGGGUGUCGACGUGGAAGCGCUCAAAAACAGUGUCGCCACGGCCGUGGCCGUCGGCGGCUCGGCUCGCUCGCUCGACAGCAUCAGCGACAACAGUAUCGCCGGCUCGACGGGCGAAAUUCAGCAACCGCCUACCGGUGGUGCCAAGGCGAAUGCAACGUCCGCCAGCAGCAGCAGCAGCAACAACGUCAGCGCAGACAGCAGCAAAACCGAGAGUUCCACGUAAACACGCGGCGAGGCUGCGAUUUGCGACCGGGAUCCUAAAUGCCGAACGCGGAAAAUGGUUGUGCCGUCGACGCCGCAGAGACGUUAAUUCCUUCGCCAUCGCACUGACUCGCAUCACUCCCGGAUGAUGGAGCUCCCGGAGCUUCUUGUAUUCGUUCUCCCGUAACACUACACGCCACUCUACACGGGUACACACGCUGGCGUGUGCGUCUCGAUGCCAAACACGCGUUGCUCCCGCGUUCCGAUUGCGCGCGGUUAAUCCGCCUGCACGUUAUGCAAUCCGCACACCACCGCCCAUUCGUUUUCUGGAGAGAUUGCUCCACUCAAAUGCGCGUUUCUUGGCGCGCGCGUCACCAAGCGCUACUACUAUUAUCCGCCAGCCUUACCGAUGUGUUACUGCUCAUAAGAGAGCCUACGGAAACGGAGAACGAUGAUGGAAGCGAACGGAGCGCUAAAUGUUUGCCAAAGUGGGUCUGUGGACAAGUGGAAACACCAGGGCCGGGACGCGUCUGAUUUGCCGCGUUCAGUUUUCUUCGGCAAUCCUCAACAGCGCUACACUAGUAGUAAACCCAGCUAUAAGGCAGUACGGUAACUCGCGAUGAUGCUGCAAUCGAUGUAGGACUAAGGCUAUUUAUUUAACAACCGGAGUCGGAGGACGCACGCGAAUAGUAGAGCUCCCUGGUCUCUGUGUGCUGUUCUUAAGAGGAACAAACUAAUACUGCAGUUCGAAGUAUUCUACAAAAGACUUGUAUGUUUUGUUAUUAGCUUAGUGAGUCAAUGUUUCUGAUGGUUAACGUCAGCAGACGGGUUGUUGUUUCCUUCCGUGCGUUGCGUUCGUCUUCUACUCCGUUACAACACGCAAGUCGUUAGGCAGCAUAUAGAGGUUCCCAGUGUAAUUAGUUUAGUUUAGAUAAAUUUUAAUAUCAAUCAGUUUCUCGGGUAUGUGGCAGCCUUGUUGCUCCUUCUUACGAUUAGCGGAAUCAAAUGGAGCCAAUAGAUACAUAUGCAGCGUGGCGUUUUUGUUAGUGGUGCUUGUGCAGUGCGCUGCGUGUGUUAGUGUUUGGAUAUUUAUUUUACUUUAGUGGCAUAAGGUGCACCAGAACAGGCAACAACAGCGACCACGCGUGAGAAUUGUGAGAUUGUUCCAACAGUUAGCUACAGGGUUACGUUACGCAGGUAGCAGGUUCCAGUAUCAAUACCAGGCUAAAUAAUCAAACAAUAACACAAAUCCUUACACAACUCAAACGGUUCGCCGCGAGCAGAAGAAACCGGGAACGCUCUCACUCCGCGCUCCGUUACUUGGUAACUAAUGUAGAGAAAACUUUUGAAACACAAACUGUUAGCUCACAAAACACACCUAAAAGUUGCUCACGUAGAAGAUAGGGAUGAUAAGGAAGCGUUGGCCACGCCGUGUAGUAGGGUGGAAUCCGGAUCCACCUACGUCGGCGGGCACCCGCGUUUCGUGCGUCGAUGAAGGGGAAACAUUUACUUCGAUUGUCAAACAA